AUGGCCAAGAUUGUGUGCAAGGAGUGCUUCUUUGACGCGUUUGAGUCCGAGGUCCAUGCCACCAUUGUCGCUCACUCGCUCUUUACUCGGGGCAUGCGGGUAGCCAUUGGUGCCUCUGGUGGCAAGGACUCGACGGUCCUCGCCUAUGUCCUCAAGGUUCUCAAUGAAAAGUAUGAUUACGGUCUGGAUCUCUUCCUCCUCUCCAUUGAUGAGGGCAUCACCGGAUAUCGUGACGACUCGCUCGAGACGGUCAAGCAGAACAAGGUCGACUACGGCAUGGAUCUCCGCAUCCUCUCCUACGCAGACCUCUACGGGUGGUCCAUGGACGACGUCGUUGCACAGAUCGGUCUCAAGAACAACUGCACCUUUUGCGGUGUUUUCCGCAGGCAGGCCCUCGAUCGCGGCGCCCUGCUCGAGCAAGCAGACUGCAUCGUCACCGGCCACAACGCAGACGACAUGGCCGAGACCGUCCUCAUGAACAUCCUCCGCGGCGACAUCUCCCGUCUUGGCCGUUGCGUCUCCAUCGUCACCUCGGGCUCUUCUGAUAACUUUGUCCCGCGCUGCAAGCCGCUCAAGUACUGCUACGAAAAGGAGAUCGUUCUCUACGCCUACUACAAAGAUCUGGUCUACUUUUCCACAGAGUGCAUCUACUCGCCCAACGCCUACCGCGGCUUUGCCCGCCAGUAUCUCAAGGAUCUCGAGCGCGUCCGCCCCUCGGCCAUCAUCGACAUCAUCCGCGCUGCAGAGCACCUCGUCGUCCCCACCGCCGCAACCAACGCCGCAAACCUCACAGAGUGCUCCAGAUGCAACUACAUCACUUCGGGCUUUGCCAGAGACGGCCUCUGCCAGGCUUGUGUCCUCCUCGAUGGCCUCAACGCCGGCCGUGACGCCAAGGCCGCCGCCACCGCCGCCGCCGCACCCGCCCUACCCCUCUCCCUCGAUGCCGACCAUGCACCGGAACCCCACACCGGCAUCGUCGCCGACAACACUGCUGAUGACCCCGCUCACCCUUCGCCUUCCACCGCUCACCCAUCAUCGGCAUCAUCUUGAACAACCUCUGCCC